GAGAGUUGUUGUUGUUGUUCCGCCAUUUUUGUUGAUGACAUUAUCAAAUGACAAUUAACAAAUUAAAAUAUAUUGUUCUUAUUAAUUUUUAACAUACAUAAAAAAUGGUUAGCAAUGAAAAUUCAAAUGAUUUUAUUUGUUCAAUAUGUGGUGAUAAAUUCAACAAUGAAAAUCAAUAUUAUGGACAUUUAAGAAUUCACAGUGGAGAAGUUGUUUGGAAUUGUGAAAAAUGUAAUAAUCCAAAAAUAAUAUUUACCUCACAAUCAAAACUCAUUGCACAUGAAAAACUUUAUCAUAAUUUAACAAGACAAUUUAAAUGUCCAAAAUGUGAUUUAUCAUUUGAACGUGCAUCACAACUUAAUUAUCACAAUAGAAGUUUUCAUCUUUAUGAAAAAAAUCAAAUUUGUUCAAUUUGUAAAAAAGGAUUUUUUAGAAAAACAGAUUUAAAUACUCAUAUGAAUAUACAUCUUAAAAUAAAUCAAUUAAUGUGUGAAUAUUGUGGUAAUAAAUUUAAUCAUAUUUCAAAUUUAAUUAGACACAUUAAAACUCAUAGUGGAAUGAAGCAAUAUCCUUGUACAAUUUGUGAAAAAAGAUUUACUCAAUUAAGUUCAUUAACAAGACACAAAAAAAUUCAUACAACUGUAACUUUAUCAAAUGAAAAAAUUAAUAAUAAAUUAUCAAGACGUAAACAUUAUUGUAAAACAUGUGGAGAAAGUUUUCAUUUGAUAUUUCAUUUACGUCAACAUGAGCAGUUACAUGCUCAAAAAAUUGGAGAUUUUUCAUGCAAAAAUUGUAGCCAGGUUUUUCAAUGUCAUCUAGACCUACAAGAUCACAGCUGUAGAAUUAUUGAUAAAAACAUGAAUGAAGAUGUCAUCGAGUAUGAUAUUACAUUGUUAAAUAAUGAAAAUAAAUUAUCUCUUGAAAUGAAUGAUGUAAAUUCAUCAGUGAGUCCAAUUUUACGUGACAUAGAACAUAAAUUAAGUAACAUUGAAAUUGAUUCAAGCUGUGACGAAAGCAUCAAUAUAUCUGAUUUAUUAGGUCCUUAUAAUUAUGAUGAAAUUGAAUUUCCAAAUACAUCUGUGAUACACUUGGAAAAAGUUGAUAAUGUUGAACAAAUAGGGUGUAAUUUAUGUCAUGAUAAUUCAGCAUCAAAAGAAUCUUGUGAUAAAUGUUUGCAUAUUGAAAAAAAUCAAUUAUAUAUAGAAGUUUGUGAAGCUGAUUAUUUAAAAAAUUUAGAAUUAAAUAUUAACAAUGAUAAAGAAUUUUGUUCUGAUAAAAAUCAACAUGGUAAUGAAAAAAUACAAGAAAAUAUUGAGUUAAUUUUACAAAAUAAAAUAAUCAAUUGUAGUUCAUCAUCAUCAUCAUCAUCGUCUUCAACAACACCACCAAUUUCACAUGAUAAUCAAUGGAUUGAACAACCAUCUGAUAAUAAAUUUGAAUCAUCAAUGUAUAAAAAUUUUCAUGUUAAUAAUAUUAUUAUCAAUCAAAAUUGUGAUAAAAAAUCAUUUGAAAAUUAUAUUCAUUCUUCUGUCUGUGAUGAUAAUGAACCUAUGAUUCGUCUUGUACAAAAUGAAGAUGGAGCACAAUUUUUUGAAUUAAUAAGAGAUUCUGCUCAUUAUAAUCAAAUUGAAAAAAAUGAUAUAAUAACCAAUAAUAACGUAAUAAUAAAUGAAUCAGAAGUAAAAAUAAAUAUAAAAUCACAAAAACAAAAAAUAUCUGAUAAUAAAAAAUUAAAAUUUAGAGAUCAAAAAUUUGAAUGUACAGUGUGUAAUAAAUAUUUUACUACAAUGUCUAAUUUAAAACAACACACAGGUACACAUUUUGCUGAUCAACAAAAAUUUAAAUGUCAAAAAUGUGAUGUUUCAUUUGCAUGGAAAUCAACUUUAAACAAACAUAUUGCUAGUAAUCAUAGACCAGAUGGUCCACAAAAAUUUGUCUGUGAAAUAUGUCCAAAAGUAUACAAUACAUUUUCACAAGUUAAUGAACAUGUUAAACGUGAUCAUUUAAAAGAACGUAAUCAUAUUUGUCCAGAGUGUGGUAAAACAUUUUUUAAAAAAUUUGAUUUAAAAUCACAUAUUAGAAUUCAUACAAAUGAAAGACCAUAUAUUUGUCAAUCUUGUGGAAAAGGAUUUUAUCAUCAAAGUCAUAUUAUAAGACAUGAAAGAAUUCACUCUGGUGAACGUCCUUAUUCAUGUGAUAUUUGUCAAAAAUCAUUUACACAACCAGGAUCACUUAAAGCUCACAAACAAACACAUCAAGAUACUGAAAAACUUGAUAUUCUUGAUUAUCAACUUGAUGAAGAUGAUCCAACAAUUUUAACAACAGUUUAAGCCAAUAAUUAUCAUUAUUUAUUUUUUAUAUUUUCAAGUUUUAUUUAUAUAAGUAAAUAUAUUAAUUACUAAUUUUUUUUUCUUUUAAAAGAAUUAAAAAAAUUGUAUUUGAAGUUUAAAUUUUUUUAAAUAUCAAAAGUUUUAUAUUGAAUAUAAAGACAUUAAAAAAAAAUAAUUUCAAUUUAAUAUACUGUGUAUAAAAAUUUUAAUUAGUAUAAAUUGUUAUUUAAAAAAAAAAAAAAAAA